UCAUGUGAUAUAUAUUUUGUUUAUAUUUAUUACACAACAUUGUCCAGUUUAUGACACAAGUUUUGAUGUCUGUUAUAUGUUGAUAUUACAGGAAGGAAUGACACCAUUAAUGUUGGCUGCCUUGGGAGGACACCUGGAGGUGGUGACGUACCUGGUCACUCACGGCAGUCAGUUAGAAGUCACAGACUGGUCUGGAGAAACAGCUUUACAUUAUGCUGCUAGGAAUGGAGGGAUUGAUAUAACAAAAUUGUUAAUAGAUCAAGGAUGCAGUCCUUGGGUGAAAACAAAAAAGGGUCAGACUCCAUAUGAUAUGGUAACAAUGAAAAGUUAUGAUUCUGAAGAGACAAAAAGGAAGAAGACAGAAAUGAGGGACUUCCUAAAGGAUGCCAUGUCAAAGACAUCCCCAGAAGUAACUACUGACACCCAUUUACAGGAACCUGCAGCACCUGUAGUUGAAGAUUCCAUCAAGAAAGGGCAACAGUCUGCCAUGUUAAAUCGUUUAUUAGGGAAGGGAAGCUAUGAAUCUUUUGAUAUGAGAUGCAUGGUGACGGGCCAAUUUUCAGUAGGGAAAUCGACUCUUGUGAAGCUGUUAGCUGGUGAUGUCAUACCAGAAGGGCGACAUCCCACUGAUGGAAUUUCUCUCGUUGAAGGUCGCUGUGGCCUUGAUAUUGAGACAAAAAGUUGGAUUCUUAUUGAUCCAGAAGCUUAUAAUGCCCUGGAUGUUGUGUACAAUAAGGUUUUAAUGACCUCUCUGGAAGAGGAAGAAAGUGAACAAACCGAAAAGUUAGACCAGGCUUCAGAUACAAGCCCAACUAGUUAUGCCAAAACAACACUUUCCUCUUUGCCCUCAGAACAGUCUACAGCAGCACUAUCUCUACCACUUCAGAAAUCCUCCAAUGUACCUUCCACGGUAAAACAGAUGGAAAAGAAAACGAGAACCAGAAUGACAAAAGAAGAAAUAAGAAGGAAAAUGGAAAAAGUCCUCAAAAGUGGGCAGUAUAAGAUGAAAGUUGGACGUCUUAUCUUCUGGGAUUUUGGUGGACAAUAUGUUUAUUUAACAACACACCAGACCUUUAUGACGUUCCGAGCAUUGUUUCUUGUAGUAUUUGAUGGGAGCAAAGAUUUGCAUGAACAGGUCCCUGAUGUGAUGUGUUUUCCAGGGCAGCACAUGACGCCAACUCCAGCAGUAUUCUUGCAAUAUUGGGUCAAUUCCAUCCUGACCUAUUGUAAGGUUGUAUAUGCAGGCAUUCCAAAGAUCUUGUUUGUUGCCACUCACAAGGACAAAGUACCAAGGGAGAAUGUUGAGACACGACGUGAAGAGCUUUACAGUGGAAUUGAGAAGUUGUUUAAAGACCACGAGGGACAACAUCAUCUGGUCCUUAGACCUCUAAUAUUUGUCAAUGCAAAAAAUCAAGAAGACCCAGAAAUAGAAGUUCUGAAGAAAACAAUUACAGAACUUACAUUCAACCACCCAUGUUGGGGUGAAAGAAUGCCCAAUGCUUGUGUUCCACUAGAGCUGGAGAUCGCUGAAUUAGUGGCAGAAGGAAAACAAAUUAUGUCAUUGGCUGAAGUUAAAGAAUUAAAUGCCAUCAGCGAGGUGUCUGUCCUGUCUCCUGAGCAGCUAACAGAUUUUUUACAUUAUCAACACUCUCUUGGAAAGAUUGUUUAUUUUGAUACCCCACAGCUAAGAGAUAAUGUUAUCAUAAGCCCCCUUCUUAUGGUGGAAGUAAUGAGAUCUUUCAUUACAGAUGUUGAAUUCUGGCCAAAAGAAGAUAAAACAAGGAAAACCUUCAAAAAGAUGUCUAUAAAUGGAAUGAUACAAAAAGUAGAUCUCUACCAGAUUUGGGAGCAAGAAGAAUUCCGUCAGAUUUUACCAUUUAAAGAGUACAUAUUUGAUAUGCUGAUACAUCUAGAUAUCGUAUCUGAACAACGUAGAUAUGAUUCAAAAACAGGAAGUCGUCUACCAAUAGAAAACUUCUUUGUACCCUGUAUGCUAACACAAAGAAACGAUACAGAUUUCUUGACACAAGAAUGUACACCAGAGAGGACUCUUAGUUUGGCCUUUGUUUUCAAAGGAACCAUCAUACCUCCAGCCUUACCAAACCGUUUAAUAUGUGCAUGUCUCAGUAUGUGGACAUUAAAAGAAUACCGUGGAAGAAAACUUAUGUUUUCUGGGUUUGUUGGGUUAUCAUUUGAUAAAGAGCAUGAUAUUAUUGUCUGUGUAGAAGGUAACAAGAUCUUACUGUACCUAGUCCACAAGCGCUCCAAGGGCCUGAUAAUACCUGAUAUAGCCACUAGUGUCCGGGAUUGUUUGUUUAUUACUUUAGAGAGAAUCUCUGAAUUUUAUCAGUCCUCCAUCCAUUGUAAAGCCAGCAGCAAGUUACCCUUCCACACCGAGUAUUCCUGCUCGAAAUUAAGCUGUUUUACUUCAGAAAACAAGAUGGCUUCAGAAACUGAGGAAUGUCUUUGCGAACACGGUGAAAACAUUAAAAAUAACUGGAGUAUUUGGAACAAGAAAAGGGAACAAAAGCAGUGUGAUGCAGAUUGUCCAGGUUUGAGUGAAGAUGCAUUAUCUCAGAUUCCAAGUAACACAGAGUUGCUUCGCCUGUCUAAUAAUUGUGAGACAUGCAUGCUUCAUGAUUUGGCUCUCCAUCUUGGAAUGGAAGAGAUGGUAUGGAGUGAUAUGGUAGAGAAUUACCCAACAAAUACACAGAUGGUCAAAUUUUUGACACUGAUGCAUUUGAAAGAGAAUGAUGAAAUCAGAUUCACAGAAUUGGACAACGGAUUGAGAGAAAUGGAAAUAACACCACAUAAAUUAUGCGUGGUACGUCGGAGAAAACAAGUGAAAUCUGGUAUUCCUGACGAUAUUCUAGACUCUAUUCCAUCAGAUGAAAUUUUAGAUAGAUUAGCACCGCUGAUUGGCAAGAUAGUCUUCCAACUAGGAAUAGAACUUGGACUGUCUGUUGAAGAGAUAGAGAGUAUAAAAGAGAAAUGUGAUCGUGAUUUGACAGCACAGAAUAAGGAAGUGUUGUUUACAUGGAGGAAAGACAGAACAGUGAAACCUAUUAUACGGGUACUUGAGCAAGUUUUUGCAAAUAUUGGUAAAGGAGCAAGGUGUUUAAAGGAAGUUGUAAAAGAUGUUGAUCCAAAUACACUUAGAGCAGUGGAAAUGGUUACAGAUAGAAUCAGAGAAAAUGAAAACAGAAUCAUACAGGAUAUACAAAUCAGUCAAAUUUUAGACCAUAUGAUGACACAUUUGGUGAUAUCAGUAGAUGACAGACGCCGCAUUGAACAACAUGCUGGACAAGAUGACCAGAACAAAGCAUUGCUGGAUAUUGUUAUUAAAAGGAGAGAACCUGCUUACAGUGUGUUUGUUGAUGGAUUACGUAUUUAUGGAUACAAAGAUAUCGCUAAUGAUUUGAAAUGUUAUUCACACGAAAUCAGUCCAAGUACAACAUCAACAUCUGCUGAAAAUGAAGACUUAUCAGACUGGAAUGUUCCAUUGUAUAAAGUUCGUCUACAAAAGAAUUACCUCAAGGUUAUCACUGGUAUACAACAUGAGAGCAUAGUAGAUCAUCUAAUAUCAAGAGAGGUAGUGUCGGUUGAUGAUGGAAAGAAGAUAGAAUCUUGUAAAACCCCACAGGAAAAGAACAGGACGUUGCUUGACAUACUUUUGCGUAAAAAUGAACAGGGAUUUAUUGAAUUUCUCUUAGCCCUAAGAGAAGACUCGAUGUAUGCAGAUCUAGCAGACCACAUAGAAAAGACAGGAGUUACAAGCAGAGAUAUCGCAAUCUUUCAAAAAUGCUUUAAAUAAAAUAACUGUAAUUUCUUUCAGAAAAGAAACUAUACAGGACAAGAUAAAGGCAAUCAAUAGAAGAAGUUAUCGCCAAUCCAAUACACCUUGAUGUAGUCACUUCAAUGUUGAAAGUGAAGGUAUCACAAUAUAAUAAUGAUUACAAUCUUUUUUUAUAAAACAUAUUUCAUAUGUGAGUAUCAUGGCAAGAAAAAGCUAGAAUAUGUAGAAAUCCCAUUUACGAGCGUUAUUACCUAAACAGAUAUAAUAUUUUGAAAGAUUCAUGACAUAUUUUGGACAAGAAAAUAAUGUCAGUGUAUUUUGAUAGAACUAUUGGAUAUAAAGGUAGUUAUACCCCUUCUUUAAAAAAGUAGGGGUAUCCUGUUUUACCUCUGUCUGUCCGUCCAUCCGUCAGUCCAUCCUUCCGUCAGUCCAUCAGUCAGUCCGUCUGUCUGUCUCAUGAAUAUUUGUAUCACAACUUUCUCAGGAAGUACAUUACAAGGAUUUUUGAAAUUUGGUUUCAGGGCUUAUAUAAGUCAGCUAUACCGUGUGAUGCGUUUUCAGAUUCAUCAAUCAACAACUCCUGUUUAUCUUAUACUUUUAGCAGGGCGGGGGUAUCAUUAGUGAGCAGUAGCUCAAAGAUUCACUUGUAAUCACAGUUUACCAAGUCCACCUUCGCCUUUGGGUGCAUUCUAAGCGUUUUUGUCGAGCCUUCGACUUUUGUCGAAAAAGCGAGACAUAGCGAUCCUACAUUCCGUCGGCGUCGUCGUCGUCGUCGGCGGCGUCCACAAAUAUUCACUCUGUGGUUAAAGUUUUUGAAAUUUUAAUAACUUUCUUAAACUAUCCUGGAUUUCUACCAAACUUGGACAGAAGCUUGUUUAUGAUCAUAAGAUUAUAUUCAAAAGUAAAUUUUGUAAAAAAAAAAUUCCAUUUUUUCCGUAUUUUACUUAUAAAUGGACUUAGUUUUUCUGCCAAUAACAUUACAUUCACUCUGUGGUUAAAGUUUUUCAAAUUUUAAUAACUUUCUUAAACUAUCCUGGAUUUCUACCAAACUUGGAAAGAAGCUUGUUUAUGAUCUUAAGAUAGUAUCCAGAAGUAAAUUUUGUAAAAAAAAAAAUCCAUUUUUUCCGUAUUUUACUUAUAAAUGGACUUAGUUUUUCUGCCAGUUAACAUUACAUUCACUCUGUGGUUAAAGUUUUUAAAAUUUUAACAACUUUCUUAAACUAUCCUGGAUUUGUACCACACUUGGACAGAAGCUUGUUUAUGAUCAAAAGCUAGUAUCUAGAAGGAAAUUUUGAUAAAAUUUUGUUCCAUUUUUUCCGUAUUUUACUUAUAAAUGGACUUAGUUUUUCUUCCAGUCAACAUUACAUACAGUCUGCAGUUUAAGUUUUUAAAACAUUUAUUAGAUUCAUAAAUUAUCCUGGAUUUUUACCAAACUUGGACAGAAGCUACUUACAUUCAAAUGAUAGUAUAGAGAGGAAUAUUUUUAUUAAUUUUUUUCCUCAUUUUUGUUGAGCCUGCGAUUAACAGCAAAAGUAGGCGAGACACUGGGUUCCGCGGAACCCUUACGAAUUUUUUUAUAAUAGAAAAUUUCAUAAACAAUUUGCAGAAAUGAUAUUUCAAGACAACACAGAUGUGUUGACUACCGAUCUGGUGAUACCAGAAAUGGAACAUCCACCAACAGUGGCAUUAACCCGGUGAUUGUAAACACUCGUAAAAUAUACAAAGUUUAUAAUUUGUUUUGCCAGAAGCGCGCAAGUGAGUAAAUCAACUGUGUUCAGAAAUCAAUUAACUUUAGAAUAACCUUUAAAUGUAUGGAAGAGUUAAAAAAUCAAUAAACUUGUAACCUUUAUUUGUAUAAUUAAAUAACACCAUUUAGAUGUCAGGAAGAGAUCACCCUGUGCUUCUAAAGUUAUUCAAUUAAAAAAUAUGUGUACAUAUAAAGACAAUUAUAAAUUGCUAGAUUGCAUUUUUUUGCAAAUAUAUGACUAUUAUUAUUCUUCUUUCUGUCAUGAAUGUAGUGUGUAUGUGUUUAGUAUAAAGGUAUCCAUCCAUAUUUGUUCCCUUUCUGUAAAGAAAAUGUCAUAACUUCAUACAAUAUGCUAUAUCUGUUCCCUAUCUAUAAAGGAAAUGUCAUAACUUGAUACAAUAUACUAUAUGUGUUCCCUAUCUGUAAUAUUAUUUAAAGAACUUGGGUGGAUGACAGUUGACAAUAGAAUCAAAUACCACAAAUAUUUACUUCUAUAUAAAGGUAUGCGUAUGGAAUCACCAAUGUACCUAGUUCAAAAGUUUAAACUGAAGUCAGAUAAUAAUCCUUACUCCUUGAGAGGUGUCACUCAAGGUAAUCUGAUAGUUCCUAAGCCAAAAGCUGAGGUAAUUAAGAAAUCUUUUGUUUAUUCUGGAUCAGUGUUAUGGAUUGGACUACCACACAAAAUGUGUAAAGCUCAAAACACUUAUACUUUUAAACAAAGUAUCAAGAAAGAAGUACUUAACACAGUCCUGAUAAGAUUAUGUUUUCUACAAUGUAUUUGUAUAUUCUUUUAUUUUUAGCUCACCUGGCCCGAAGGGCCAAGUGAGCUUUUCUCAUCACUUGGCGUCCGUCGUCGUCCGUCGUCGUUAGCUUUUUACAAAAAUCUUCUCCUUUGAAACCACUGGGCCAAAUUUAACCAAACUUGGCCACAAUCAUUAUUAGGGUAUCUAUUUUGAAAAAUGUGUCCGAUGACCCCGCCAACCAACCAAGAUGGCCGCCAUGGCUAAAAAUAGAACAUAGGGGUAAAAUGUAGAUUUUGGCUUGUAUCUCUGACACCAAAGCAUUUAGAGUAAAUCUGACAAGGGUAAAACUGAAAGAUCUAUCUGCCCUGAAAUUUUCAGACAAAUCUGACAACCUGUUGUUGGGUUGCUACCCCUGAAUUGGUAAUUUUAAGGAAAUUUUGCAGUUUUUAUACGACCGCAAAAAUUGAAAAUUUUUUGGUUGUAUAUUGGUAUGACGUUGGCGUCGUCGUCGUCUGGCGUCGUCCGGCGUCGUUCGAAGACACAUUGGUUUUCGCACUCUAACUUUAGUUUAAGUGAAUGGAUCUCCAUGAAAUUUUACCAUAAGGUUCAAUACCACGAAAGGAAGGUUGGGAUUGAUUUUGGGGGUUAUGGUACCAACAGUUAAGGAAUUAGGGGCCAAAAAGGGGCCAAAAAUAAGCAUUUUUGUAACUUUCAGACAAUAACUUGUGUGUAAGUGUAUGGAUCUCUCUGACAUUGUACCACAAGGUUCCAUAUCACAAAGGGAAGGCUGUAAUUGAUUUUGGGGGUAAUUGCCACAAAAUUUUAGGAAUUAGGGGCCAAAAAAGGGGCAAAAAACAAGCAUUUUUCUAGUUUCAUGACAAUAACUUGUGUGUAAGUGUUUGGAUAUUUCUGAAAUUGUACUACAAGGUUCCAUAUCACAAAGGGAAAGCUGGGUUUGAGUUUGGGGGUAAUUGCCUGAAACGUUUAGGAAUUGGGGGCCAAAAAGGGGCCAAAAAUAAGCAUUUUUCUAGUUUCCAGACAAUAACUUGUGUUCAAGUGUAUGGAUCUCUCUGAAAUUGUACUGCAAGGUACCAUACCACAAAGGGAAGGCUGGGAUUGAGUUUGGGGGUGAUGAAUCAUAAGGGG